AUGAGAAGAGGAGUCAGACAAGGUGAUCCCAUCUCUCCUAUGCUUUUUGUUCUUGCAGUUGAAGGUCUUAAGGCUUUAUUCAGUAAAGCUAUCAGUUUGGGUCUUUUAGACGGCAUUCAUGUGGAUGGAUACGCUGAACCAAUUUCUAUCCUGCAGUUUGCAGAUGAUGCGUUACUAUUUGUGCCUAAACAUAUGGAGAUGAUAAAAAAAUUAUUAAGGAUUCUUAGAUGCUUUGAGCUGAUGUUUGGUCUUGAUAUUAACUAUCAUAAAUCUUCCAUCAUCGGUAUCAAUGUGGAUGAUAAUUCUCUGGUAGAAGAUUCUCGCAUUCUCAACUGUAAAAUCAAAGAAUUUCCUAUUACAUAUCUUGGUCUACCUCUUUCCUUGAAACCGGUUAAAGCUAAGCUUUGGGAUCCAAUUAUUCAUAUUUUUUCUUCUCAGCUUGUAGGAUGGAAAGAAAACUUAUUAUCUCCGGAUGGGCGUCUCACUUUAAUUAAGUCUGUGCUUUGCAGCUUAUCGUUGGUUUCAGUGAAGUAUCUUGGGCAGAUGUUUGCUUGUCAUUUAUCGAUGGAGGUCUUGUUCCCAUUUGAUCAAUUGGUCGAUAUCAAAGAUGUUGAUGUCCGACGUUUAUCGCAAGUGUGGAGAGGAAUUCACGCGGUUUGCGUCAAAAAUCAGCAGGUUUGGCUAGAAUUUAAUUCACAGCUGAAUAUUACCAUCGGCUUGGGGAAUAAUACCAGAUUUUGGAAUGAACCUUGGGCUGUCAAACCUUCUCUUCGCAUUCAAUUUCAUGAUGUGUUUGUUCUCAGCCGUAACAAGCAGUUUACAGUUGCCGGAUUAUUUGACUAUAAUCAGCAGCGAUUCCAGUUCAGUUGGCAGCGUCGUCUUCGGAUAGGGGAACAAACACAUCUCCGGUUUCUUCAGCAGCAGAUAUCCAGCCAUCUUCCUUCAAACAGACCUGAUAAGUUUCAUUGGCAGGGGAAGUGGUUCAGUCCAGCGGCUUUCAACUCUCUCCGACAGAAUUGUGCUCAGCUGAAUGAUUCACUCUUAGAAAGAGAUAGCGUACCUUCGAAUGCUAUGUUGAUUCGAAAGGGAGUUCUGUCUAUUAAUCCUUCAUGUAUGCUAUGUUUUGGGGUAGAGUCUUGUAUCCACAUGAUUCUUCAUUGCCGUUUUGCUUGA